AUGGCUUCCACCUCUGCCCCUGCCAAGGACUAUGGUUCAUUCAAGCUUCUUCAAUCUUUCCCCAUCGAAUAUGCACCAGUGACAGUAUCCAAAUGGAGAAGUGAAAGGACAGGUCUAACCGUCGUUUUAGGUAGUCAUCAAGCACCAGUCACCAAUGGUUAUUUCGCUGUUGCCUCUGAGAUCUUUGAUGAUACCGGUCGACCACAUACUUUAGAGCAUUUGAUAUUCUUAGGAUCGAAAAAGUACCCUUACAAAGGUGUGCUGGACUCUUUAGCGAAUAGAGCAGGAAGUAACGGUACCAACGCCUGGACUGCGAACGAUCAUACGGCUUACACGAUAGCUACUGCUGGGAGCGAAGGCUUCCUCAAGAUGUUACCUGUCUACGUCGAUCAUAUCUUACAUCCAACAAUAGAUGAUGCAGGAUUUGUAACGGAGGUGUAUCAUAUAAAUGGUGCCGGAGAAGAUUCAGGUGUAGUAUAUAGUGAAAUGCAAGGAAGGGAGAAUACCUCAUAUGAUCUUAUGGCUUUAGAGAUCCAGAGAACCCUCUACCCUCCUACAUCAGCUUAUCGAAGUGAGACAGGGGGUCUUUUGCACAAGUUGCGAGUGUUGACCGCUCAACAGAUCAGAGAUUAUCAUGCAAGGUAUUAUCAGCCUUAUAACCUAUGCCUUGUCAUUGACGGUGCUGUCUCCCCGGAAGAGUUAUUCAAAGUGUUGAAUGAACAAGUAGACCCUUUAAUCUUGGAACAACGAAACAAUCAACCCAAAAUCACUCCUCCAGAAGACUGGCAAAGACCUUUUGUAGAGACUACCACCUCUCAUAGACUAAGUAUACCGGAUUCAGUGACGAAAGUAGUCGAAUUCAUGGAAGAAGAUGAAUCGGUUGGAGAAGUAAUAUUAACUUACUUGGGUCCACCACCAACAGAUUAUUUCACGAAUACGGCAUUGAAGCUCUUAGGAAACUAUCUCACCUCCACAGCUACUUCACCACUAUCCAAGGAAUUUAUCGAAAUCUCAAAACCUUUAUGUACUUCGAUAAGUUUCGAUUCGGCUGAUAGGGUCAACCAUAACGAACUUCAAGUUGGUAUCACUGAUGUUCCUGCUAAACAUCUGCAGUCUAUCGGAGGUGAUAUCAACAGGAAAUUGGAGAAGAUUGUAAGAGAAGAAGGUAUAGAUAUGGAAAGAAUGGGGAGAAUCUUGAGGAAAGAUAAGAGAAAACUGUUAGAUUAUAUGGAAAGUAGGGCCACAGAUGUUCUGGCCGACGUCGUUAUUGGAGACUUCCUGUAUGGUGAAAAGAAUGGUAAAGACCUUCCAGUCGCUUUCGAGGAUCUAAGAGAGUACAAGAUACUGGAAUCAUGGAAAGCUGAAGAUUGGGUAUCUCUCCUCGACAAAUGGUAUGUUGCAGCUCCUUCUAUCACAGUGAUUGGUAAGCCCUCAGCUGCGCUAUCAGAGAAAAUUGAGAAGGAUGAGAAAGAAAGAGUUGAGAAGCGAAAAGCAGAAUUGGGUGAAGAAAAGCUCAAAGAGCUAGAAAAGAGAGUUGAAGAUGCCAAAAAGCAGAGCGAUGUUCCACCACCGCCAGAAAUGAUUUCAGGUUUCCCUAUAACCGAUCCUGCUGGCAUUACUUGGGUGCCCGUUGAGACUGCUAUCAAUAACGCAAAGGGACAAGAUCUGAAAGUCGAUCAAGGAGAAGUGCAACGAUAUAUAAAUGCAGAUAGUGUAGAGCUACCUUAUCAGGUCCACUUCUCACACGUCAAGUCCAAUUUCGUGAUCGUAUCCGCUCUUUUCGAUACCUUUGGACUGCCUGCACAUCUCGCGCCAUAUCUCAACCUCUUGAUUAGCUCCAUUUUCAGCCUCGGUGUCAAGCGCGCAGAUGGUACCCAGCUUUCGCAUGAACAGGUUGUAGAUCAGCUCAACGACUUGACGAUAUGGCAACAAGCUUGCUUCGAGUUCCGAGGAGGGUUUGCCGAAGUCCUCUGUGUCCAUUUCAAGGUUGAGACUAAGCGAUACGAAGAGGCAGUAGCAUGGAUCAGAGAUCUUAUGAGUGGUGUGGUCUUUGACAAGGAGCGACUGUCCGUCAUAGUUGCGAGACUUCUUCAAGAGCUUCCUCAAGAGAAGAGAGAUGGAUCUGAGAUAGCCGUAGCAUGGGCUAACAGAUUAGCAUACGAUGAAACCAUAUCAUCUGCGCAGAAAUGUGAACUCCUAAGCAGGCUUGAGUUCAUACCCCAAGCUGCUGAAAUGUUGGAAAAGGAGCCUGAAACUGUUAUCAAGGCACUGGAGGAAUUGAGAUCUAAAUUGAUUGAUCCUAGCAAAAUCCGAGUAUCGAUUCGAGGUGAUGUGUUAGGUUUGGAUAAGCCGAGAUCAGUGUUACAAAGGUCAUUCCUGCCUAUCAAGGGGGCGAAAACCCUCGCUCCUAUUUCUACGUCAGGUCAGACCCUCUCUGAACUGGGUAAAAACCCAUCAAAGAAGUGUAUUAUCGUCCAAAUGCCAGCCAUCGAAGGAUCCUAUUCUCAGCAUUACGCUAAAGGCCCAUCAGGAUUCGAUAAUUCCGAUUUACCAGCUCUGAGAUUGGCUGCUUCAGUCUUAAAUGCUAUGGAGAGCUACCUGUGGAAAUCCAUCAGAGGGAGUGGGCUGGCUUAUGGUGCCCACGUUGCCGUUUAUCCUGAACCUGGAUUAGUUGGAUUCACAGUUUACAGGAGUCCGAAUGCUAUGUUGGCUUAUGAAGCUGCUGGAAAGAUCAUGCAAGGCUUGGUUGAUAGUAGUAUCAAAUUGGAUCAAGAUAUAGUAGACGGUUGUCGAUCCAGUAUGACCUACGAUUUCGCUCGACGAUCCGAAACAGUUCUCGAUGCAGCUUCCACAGCGUACCUGAAUGAAGUUUUGAAAGGUAUAGGAAAGAACCAUGAUCAAGAAUUUUUGAAGAAAUUACCUUCGAUUACAUUGGAUGAUAUCAAGAACGCGAUUGAGAAAUACUUCUUACCCCUUUUCAAGCCUGAGACAGCGAUGGGAGCUGUGAGUGUUUCGUCAUCAAAGGCGAAAGAGGUAGAAGAAGGGUUUAGCAAAUUAGGAUUCGAGGUGGAGAAGAGGGAGUUGCCCGUACUGAAAGGUGAUGAAGAUGAGGAUGGGGAUAUCGAGAUGGGCGAUGAGACUGGAAGUGAAAGUGGAAGUGGAAGUGAAGAAGAAGAAAGGAAGUAG